UUGAAGCUUAAAUCAGAUGCGGGAAGUAUUUAGGAUCGAUAUUGAUUAUAGUAAUAAAAAGAUCUUACUUAACGUUCAAUUUUAAUUUUAAAAUAUACCAUAAACGGAACAUUUUUGUGAAAUAGUUGUCAUUGAAAAGGAGUGCAAAUAUUUUUUUAAGUUAUAUUAUUUAAACCGGUUGUUUUUUGAAAGUGGGCAGUAUAAGGUGCUGCGUCUUUGAGCGCAUGCUGCUAGAGUGAUAUGGGGCCGCCGACGUCACCAGAUAAAGGCAAACUGAAAAAUAUUCAACGAAAGUUGAACAAGCCCCUGAUCGAGAAGAGACGAAGGGCCCGCAUCAACGAGUGUUUGACGCAGCUAAAGGAAAUAGUGCUGGAGGCGAACAAGGAUGAGGCUCACAGACCAUCAAAACUAGAGAAAGCUGACAUCUUAGAAAUGACGGUGGACUUUGUAAAAUCCCGCCUGGUCUUGUAUUCUGAUGUUGAUGCAAGGAAUGCCAUAACUCCACCAAGUGAUGCUGAAAAGGAAUAUCUAGCUGGUUACUCGAAAUGUUUGGAGGAAAUUACCACAUUCCUCGAAUAUAAGAAUAAUAGCCAUACAUUACCGCCGGAUAUUUUCCAACCUCUGUCCGCUAAACUCGGUCAGAAGAACGUUGAUCAAUCUACCAGUAUUGACGUUCAGACAUUACAAAGUGCUAUAGUAAACCAUGUGUCUACGAAACUUGAGCAGAACCACUAUGGAGCAGGCCCACAACAUGAACAAACUCAAAGCAGCAACGAGACUAACCAAACUUUACAAGAGGCAACAAUCAAAAACACUCUACCACAACUCAAACAGCAUCCAAGCGCUGUACGCGUGAGCUGUGAAGUUUUUGGAAAAUGCAAACAAGUGCCCGUAUUACCUGUAAAACCACAAUACCAAGCUAUUGACUUUACAAAGGCUAAACCAACGCAUACAAGUGAAACAGACACUACAAUAAGUACAAACAUAAACAAAACUUGUCCAUCAAUCAAUAAUCAGAUACAUUUAGAAGCCAAACCAAUGACUUCAGUCCAACCGAACUAUAUUUUGCCAGCAAUGCUUCAGCCAAGUGGCCUAUUGUGUGGAGGACAGUUUAUGUUAUUACAGAUCAACCCAACCACAGUACCACAAACCACAACAUGCAUUCAGUGGAACACUUCAGUUGCACCAGUUAGAAAUACUGACACAUCUGGAAAAAAGGUUUUAACGAACGAGGCAGAUAAGCUUGCAAAUGGUAACGGCAGUCAUUGGCGACCGUGGUAGUGUGUAGGCUAUUAGUAACGAAGUGUUUACAUAAGUUAUGUUGAAAUUCAGGGCUCAACGAACCACAUGUGCUUACAGACUUGCAUUGUACUUUUGAAAUAUUCAUUUUUUUCAAUUGUAGUAGAUUUGUACCAAACUUUCCAAAGAUAGAAAUGAAUGACUGUGAUACUUUAACUAUGAUGAAAGAAAGAUUAUAUAUAUUUACAACAUAUUAU